AUGAAUGCAUUGCCAACGAAGGUGAAUUUGAAGAAUAGACGGGUUCUUACGGAGGAUAUAUGUGGGCUCUGUGAUAAAGAGCCAAAGCCAGUUAAACACACUUUGUUACAGUGCCCACGAUUAGCUGCAAUUUGGUUUGGUAGUCCAUUGGGAAUUUGUAUGUUUCCGAGGAUAGAGGAGGACUUUGGUGGAUGGUUGAUCAAUAUGGCAAAAACAGUAACUAAGGACAGUUUUGAGUUGCUUCUUGUGUUGGUGUGGAGCAUUUGGAAGGUCAGUAACGAGUUUAUUUGGAAAGGUGUGGAUGCAUCACCAUUGGACGUGCAACUUAAAUCCCAAACGUGGCCGACGGAAUUCAAGAAAUGGAAUGAGGUUCAACCACACUCAGAAAUGGAUUGUGUUCAGAAGUGGACACAUCCGGAAUUUAGUUGGAUAACGUGUAACUUUGAUGCGGCUUGGGAUGAGAAUGGAGGUUUCAUGGCUGCAAUGGUGUUAUGGGAGACUGGUGUCAGCUCGGCCAUGCAUGCAGAGGCUAUUGUUGCACGGGCAGCAGCUAUUUUGCUUGGCAUUGGCGUGAGGAACAAGUUCAGCUAG